UUGCAUCUUCCUUGCGGCACCAGGACUGCAGUGACACGUCACACACCCAUGCCUGGGCCCCUCAGCGAGUCCUGACUGUGACGCACUCCUGUGUCGAUGUUUCCGGCAGGACCUUUCUGUCUUCCCAGCCUGUGCGGCGAGCCUCAGCCUGCCCUCUGGCAAAUGAGUGGCAGCCAUGGGGGACCCUGGACUCCCCAAACUGCAGUUCGCCCCCUUCAGCAGCGCCCUGGACGUGGGCUUCUGGCACGAGCUGACACAGAAGAAGCUGAAUGAGUACCGGCUGGACGAGGCUCCCAGGGACAUCAGGGGCUACUACUGCAAUGGUGACUCUGCUGGGCUUCCGGCUCGCCUCACGUUGGAGUUCAGUGCUUUUGACAUGAGUGCCCCCACGCCUGCGCGCUGCUGCCCUGCUGUCGGGAUGCUGCAUAACACCAACACGCUCGAGGCUUUCAAGGCUGCAGACAAGAAGCUGCUUCUGGAACAGGCAGCAGAUGAGAUCUGGGAGUCCAUCAAGUCGGGUGCUGCCCUUGAAAACCCUGUGCUCCUCAACAAGUUCUUGCUCCUGACAUUUGCAGAUCUAAAGAAGUACCACUUCUACUAUUGGUUCUGCUAUCCUGCCCUCUGCCUUCCAGAGAGCAUCCCUCUCAUUCAGGGGCCAGUGGCUUUGGAUCAAAGGUUUUCACCAAAACAGAUUCAUGCCCUCGAGCAUGCGUAUGAUGGUCUCUGCCAAACAGAAGGAGUCUCGGCCCUGCCUUACUUCUUAAUCAAGUAUGACGACGAGGUGGUGCUGGUUUCCCUACUUAAACACUACAGUGAUUUCUUCCAAGGUCAAAGGACAAAGAUAACAGUCGGUGUCUAUGACCCCUGUAACCUAGCCCAGUACCCCGGAUGGCCUUUGAGGAAUUUUUUGGUCCUGGCAGCCCACAGAUGGAGCGGCAGCUUCCAGUCCAUUGAAGUCCUUUGCUUCCGCGACCGAACCAUGCAGGGGGCGAGAGACGUGGCACACAGCAUUAUCUUCGAAGUGAGGCUCCCGGGAGUGGCCUUCAGCCCAGAUUGCCCUAAAGCCGUUGGAUGGGAAAAGAACCAGAAGGGAGGCAUGGGGCCACGGAUGGUGAACCUCAGCGAGUGUAUGGACCCUAAGAGGUUAGCUGAGUCGUCAGUGGAUCUGAACCUCAAACUCAUGUGUUGGAGGCUGGUCCCAACGCUGGACCUGGAUAGGAUUGUGUCUGCCAAGUGCCUGCUGCUGGGAGCGGGUACCCUGGGCUGUCACGUGGCCCGGACGCUAAUGGGCUGGGGUGUCAGGCAUGUCACAUUCGUGGACAACGCCAAGAUCUCCUACUCCAACCCCGUAAGGCAGCCGCUCUAUGAGUUUGAAGACUGCCUGGGGGGCGGCAAGCCCAAGGCCCUGGCGGCAGCAGACCGGCUACAGAGAAUCUUCCCCGGAGUGAAUGCCAGGGGGUUCAACAUGAGCAUUCCCAUGCCCGGGCACCCCGUGAACUUCUCGAGCAUCACCCUGGAGCAAGCCUGCAGGGACGUGGAGCAGCUGGAGCGGCUCAUCGAAAGCCAUGAUGUCAUCUUCCUGCUAAUGGACACCCGGGAGAGCCGCUGGCUUCCCACCGUCAUAGCUGCCAGCAAGAGAAAGUUGGUCAUCAACGCUGCCCUGGGGUUUGACACGUUUGUUGUCAUGAGACAUGGCCUGAAGAAACCAAAGCAACAAGGAUCUGGGGAUGUGUGUCCAAGCCACCCUGUAACAUCUGCUGACCUUCUGGGUUCGUCACUUUUUGCCAACAUCCCUGGUUACAAACUUGGCUGCUAUUUCUGCAAUGACGUUGUGGCUCCCGGAGAUUCAACGCGGGACCGGACCUUGGACCAGCAGUGCACCGUGAGCCGUCCGGGCCUGGCCAUGAUCGCAGGAGCCCUGGCGGUGGAGCUGAUGGCUUCUGUCCUGCAGCACCCAGAGGGGGGCUAUGCCAUUGCCAGCAGCAGUGAGGACCGCAUGAAUGAGCCUCCCACUUCGCUGGGGCUUGUGCCCCACCAGAUCCGGGGAUUUCUGUCACGGUUUGAUAAUGUCCUUCCUGUCAGCCUGGCGUUUGACAAAUGUACAGCUUGUUCUUCCAAAGUACUUGAUCAAUAUGAACAAGAAGGAUUUAAUUUCCUGGCAAAGGUGUUUAACUCUUCACAUUCCUUCUUAGAAGACCUGACGGGCCUCACAUUGCUGCAUCAGGAAACCCAGGCUGCCGAGAUCUGGGACAUGAGCGACGAUGAGACCCUCUGAGACCACCGCUGAGCAGCACUGGGGCAGGACGCCGCCCAGGAUGGGAAAAACAGGCCACAGAGAAUGGUAUCUUACAGAUUUACACACAUCAGAGGAGUCAGAACGCGCCGACGGGGCCCGGCUCUGGGGGACGGCCUAUCCCAGAUAGGUUGGCGUGGGGACCCGGCCACCAGCACCGCCGUCCCCACGAGGCGCCCGCUCACCAGCUGAGGGUCCGCAGCAGCGGCGGCUCCGGCCCGCGCUCAGUAGCCUGUAGCAGUAACAAACGUUACUAUGGCUAUGAAUGCGGAUGGUGGUCUCAGAGUACCUGUGUUCCUGCACGUUUACGGACACACCCAUGACCAAAAAAAGAUCAACUUUUUUUUUUCCAAACAACAAAAAUGAAUGAUUACAACAGGAAAGGGAAAAAUUAAAUAGCUACAUAUCAUUAACAAAUUAAUUGUUCUUCAAAAAAUACCUACAAAUUUCUCUGUACAUUCUUUACGCACAGCGUAACGAUGGUCUUAAAGUUACCUAUAUAAAAAAAGUGUUCUCAACGAUUUUUUUCCUACAGAAAAUAUAGGGGCCUGAAUGCCAAAGCUUGGAAGCCCAGUACAGUGGGAGUGACUGGGAGGCUGGAGAGGGGCUUCCACUCCAAGAGGGCUGGCAGCCUGACCGGCGCGACCAGAGGCAGGCCCCGACCCCCACCCCCACCCGUGCCCACAGCCCAGACCGACAGUGGGCCUGGGCGUGUGUCCUCCUGCAACCCGGCUCAGGGCUUCUGAGGGAGAAGCCCCUAACGCCUCACAGGCUGCAGACCCUGGGGCGGGGACAGAAACGCUCACUGAGGUCGAGGAGGAGCAGCUGGGAGGCACCCACAGCCCUGUCUAUUUUGGAUGCUGCUAAUGUCUAGUUAGUAGCUGUGACUAUGGCAGACGAUAAAUGCAGUCGUAACUGAAGUCAGGAAUGUACACGGCCUUGGCCCCACGCACCAGGAAGCACACAGAACGCCGUGGCGCAGAUUGUCAGUGAUCUGCGGUCAGCCGAGGGAGCAGGCUGCGCCCCGGGAGCUGGGAGACACCGUCCGGCUCCCCGGGGUGCGUCACCAGGCAGCGGCGCUGGCCACCUGCAGCCCAAGCCUGCUCCCGCCACCGCCCGCCGCCCACGCUCCAUCACACACACAUCUCGGAGUACAACUGUACCAGCAGUAAGUAGAUCUAGGACUGGGACUGACAAAACAAACUAGUUCUGAAAAGAAGCCAGAAGUACUCAGGUUUGCUUACUGUCUGUACAAUUAAUAGAAACCAGCUAUUUUCUUCUCCAUUAAAACACGCGUCCUCUUUGAAGCACUGCGGAGUCCUCGACCUCGGUCUGGCCGCCAGCUGCAGUGACCCCAGAGGGUGAUGCAGCCCCGGCUCCAGAGAAGACCGCAGCCUGGGCAGCAACCCCAAGCACCUCUGACCUCCCCGCGUCCCAACACGGAGGGUCAGAACAGCCGUCCUGCAGUCCCAGCACUUGCCCUCGGUGCCAGCAUCCUGCGGCAGCUUCGGGCAGUCUCCGUGCUCCAAUAGUGCAAAUCAGACACCGCGCUCCUCUUCAAGUAUACACACGCGCACACGCACACACACGCACGCACUCCCGGGCCUCGGGAAGCACACGAGAAGAGCACAGAAUGCCGGGACCCCCAAAGUCACCAUGGCCCGUGGCUGAGGACGCCGGAGUCCUGGCCGGCCGCACGCUGUGCCAGAGGUUUCUUUGGUAACCAAGGCAGGAAGCAGGCGCCACCCCGCACGCCGCGAGGGCCCCUUGCACAGACACCAAGCAAGUACGAGACAGAAGAGCCCGGAACCCACCGCCCGGGUUCGCGGCCAGCC